AUGGAUGAUCGUGAAAAUGGAAGGCACAAAGCAGAUCAAUAUAAAUCUGCUCAGGGACAGUGGUUGAUGCAACAACAUCAGCACCAGCAUCCUUCCAUAAAGCAGAUUAUGGCAAUCAUGGCUGAACGAGACGCUGCCAUUCAAGAAAGAAAUCUGGCCCUUUCCGAGAAAAAAGCAGCACUUGCAGAACUGGACAUAGCAUUCCUACAGGGGGAUAAUGCAAUUGCGGAACGAAAUAACGCACUUAUGGAAAGAGACAAUGCAAUAGCAACCCUUCAGUUUCGAGAAAACACUUUGGCUAAUGGCGGUAUGUCAUCAUGCCCUCCAGGAUGUCAAAUUUCACGGGGAGUUAAGCAUAUACAUCAUCUUCCGCAACAGGUAAACCAAUUGCCUACUAUGGGGGAUUCUUCUUACGGCACGCGAGAAUUGCCCAUAACCAAUGCCCUCCCAGAAUCACCUAUUCCUUCAGAGGUUGGGAAACCACCUAGGCGGGCCAAACGACCAAAAUGA